UGUUAUUAAUAAUAGACCAGGCAAACCAACCCAUUUACACUCAAAUGAUCAGUGAUCACACCUUCUUAAUUGAUUAAAUUUAAUUUUUCUCCUCCUUCACCAAAGCUGAUCCAUUAAAUCGACUCGUUCAUGAUGGCAAAAGCGGAAUUGAUUAACAAACAGUAACAUUGAUUGUUGAACAGAUUUACCAAAUUCAACCUCCAAUUUUAGUCGAUUCAAUGUUACUUUAUGGAAGCCACUUUAUUUAGUCUAAUUGUUGACGGAUUUUUCCCUACUUUAAGUCACAUCUUUUUUAAUUCCUUAUUUAAUUAACCUUAUUUUGAUCUGUUUAACCUUUUCUUUGGUUAAUUAGUCAAUGUUCAGUUCAUCCAUUGGACUUUUUUAUCCUGUCCAGUGAUCUACUUUUUUAUAAUUGUUCAUCUUAUUACAAAAUUUGUUGAAUUAUCUGAUUGGAAGCUUCAGAUAUUUAUUUUAAACAAAAAUCUCAACAUGGCAAAUUGUCCACAAGAUCGAUCACCUUCGCUAGUCAAUGAACAGUUGACUUGUUCAUCAACGUCGGUAACUUCAGAUAUGAAGGAUAUAAACUUCAAAAAAGAUUCAGAUUUUGGUGAUACUUCAUUGGAAGAAAGUAUCAGCAAUAACGAUAAUUCAGUUAAUUUAAAUAGUGCACGAGACUCUUACUGGGGCUGGGUCAUAGUCUUUGCCUCUUUUAUGUGCAAUGUAAUUGUUGAUGGAAUCAUCUUUUGUUUUGGUGUAAUUAUGCUUGAAAUAUCCAAAGAUUUUAAGCAACCUAAAGGAACCACUGCUUGGAUUGGGUCAUUACAAGCUGGAUUUUACCUAUUUGUUGGUCCCUUGGUAUCGACGUUGGCAAACCAUUAUGGCUGUCGAGUUGUAACCAUAAUUGGUAGUUUAAUUGCUUCACUCGGAUUUAUAAUUUCCUACUUUGCAACAAGUGUUCUAUGGCUAUGUUUAUCCUAUGGUGCUCUUGCUGGAAUCGGUCUUGGAUUCAUCUAUCUUCCAGCAAUUGUAAUGGUUGGACACUAUUUUGAGCGCCGAAGAGCAUUUGCAACUGGAAUAGCUGUUUGUGGAUCAGGUGUUGGAGCUUUUCUUAUGGCACCAAUAAUUCAAUAUUUAAAUGAUACUUACCAUUGGAGAGGCUGUGUUUUAAUUUUAGCUGGAAUUGUUCUCAACUGUGCAGUUUUUGGUUUUUUAUUCCGCCCAUUGCCAAGUGAUGAAACUUCCUCAUCGUCUGGCGAUCAAGAAUCAGAUGGUUCUGGUAAACCACUUUUAGGGCAUUCAAAAAAAAGUUGGCUUCUUGACGAUAGUGAUGAAGAAGGUGUGGAUUUAAUGGAAAGUAGUCGCCAAGCCACCGAUUAUUCAUCUCAAGACCAACAGCAAAAGGAUCCACAAUCGCACCGAUACAAAAAGAAUCGCCGUUAUACAUUUAGCGAAGGAAGUUCAGUUGUUCAUAAAUCUAUUGACGAUAAAACUAAUCAUCCUCAUCGUAAUCGCUAUGUUCGAACUCCUAUUCCUCAUCGCCACAAUUAUCAACAUCUCCCUUCCCAUCACCAGCACCAUCGGCCAAGAGCUCAUUCAUUUGGCAUCAAUUAUGUCUUUCAAAAUGAGAUCCUAUAUUCAACUUUAAGCUUACAGGAAUUCAAGGCUAGCGUAAAACGUCCACUGGCUGCAUCUUUUACCCGAGAACAACAAACAUUACCAUCUUCAUCUCAACAUCGGCGGCAAUCAGUUAUUGAAGAGGCAACUUCAUGUGUUAAGUUAUUAGACUUAUCAUUACUUCUGAGUCCUUCUUUUCUUCUUCUCGGUAUCAGCGGUUUCUUAACAUUGUCUGGUUUCUUCAUUCCUUUCAUGUACAUUGUUGAUCGUUCAAUUCAAAUAGGAACUACUCCAGAGAAAGGAGCACUUCUUUUAUCAAUAAUUGGAAUCACAAACACUGUUGGUCGAGUCUUCUGUGGCUGGAUUUCCGAUAGUCCUAAGGUUCGACCUCUGAUCAUCAAUAAUAUUGCCUUGGUCAUCGGAGGAUUGGUCACAGCACUUUCUCCUUUAAUUUGCAAUACAUUCACUAGUCUCAUUGUAUACUGUUCAUUAUUUGGCUUUUCAAUUGCUUGUUUUGUUGCUCUUCGAUCUGUAAUUACUGUUGAAUUAUUAGGACUGGAAAGAUUGACAAGUGCAUUCGGCUUAUUGUUACUUCCUCAAGGAAUCGCAACUAUCAUUGGUGGCCCAAUUGCUGGCUGGUUUUUUGACAUUACAAAUUCAUACAAUGCAUCAUUUUACUUGGCUGGGUCAGUUAUUACGAUCUCCGGAAUUAUGUGUUUUCCUCUUGGACUCAUCUCAAAAUGGGAAAAAUCUCGAUCACAAUUAACCCCUGUAAGCCAAUGUUGAAAGGAAUCCAUUUCAUUUAGAACCAAGUUCAAAUUAAUUUUAGUCCAUCUAAAGCGUAAUUAGCUUAUUUUUAACAUUUUUUUAUUUAUUUAUAAUAAAUAUGCUCUAUUAAAUAUAAAUUUAUCCAAAUUAUGCAAGUUUAUUCACACAAUCAAAUGUACUUUAUUGUCAUUUUUUCAUUUUUAAAUUAAACCAACUUCAGUAACAA